GCGCCGAUACUCGCUUACUUGUUUGCGAACCCGAACGCAGAAUCUGCGCAAAGAACGACUGACGACCUACAUUCCACUUACCUUAUUUAAGUGUUCUGCUGUCACACAGCCACCAACCAUCAUCCCAAUUGGGCAUACCGUCGAGUAAAAAGAUAUCUCACCAGGUCACUACAACCAUGUCGAACAAGCCAGUCUUCGUCGCCACCCAUCCACGAGCAUGCUCGACGGCGUUCGAGAGGGUCUUCAUGACCCGCCGCAACAGCAUCCAGACGAUCCAUGAACCGUUUGGCGAUGCCUUCUACUAUGGCCCGGAGAGAAUGGGCACCAGAUUCGAGAACGACGAGGAAGCGCGCAAACAGAGCGGGUUUGCUGAGUCGACGUUCAAGACGAUUCUGGACCGCAUUGAGCGGGAGUCCGCCGAGGGCAAGCGUGUCUUCAUCAAAGACAUCACCCAUUACCUGCUGCCGCCGAAUCACCAGCAAGCCCGUCUUGCACCUUCUCUGCAGACGAUCAAGCGCGGCGUCGGCACCAACAACGCUUCCAUUAACGGCGGCGUCGGCAGCGACAGAGAUGCCGCUGCCGAUACUGAUUCGGGGGUUGGUUUCACACCCUCGAACAGCCGCCCGGAGAGUCCCAACUCUCCUUCCAAAGCUGCUCCGUUCCCGUACGAGAACAGCAAGACCGAGGGCAAGAACCCAACCGUCGUGCCUCGCGAGAUCUUGGAGAAGUUCCACUUCACGUUUUUGAUUCGCCAUCCUCGAAGCGCGAUUCCUUCUUAUUACAGGUGUUGCAUUCCACCGCUUGUCGAGAGGACGCAGUUCACUCCUUUCAUGCCCGAAGAGGCUGGCUACGACGAGCUGAGACGUCUCUUCGACUACCUCAAGGAUGAGGGUAUCGUCGGUCCCAAGAUUGCGGGUCGCGAUGGCGAAUUGAAGGAAGGUCAGGUCGAGAUUUGCGUGAUCGAUGCCGAUGAUAUGCUUGAUGAUCCCGAGGGCAUUCUGCGCCAGUACUGCGAUUCGAUCGGGCUCGAUUUUUCGCAGGCAAUGUUGCAGUGGGAUUCCGAGGAGAGCCAUGCUUUUGCCAAAGAGCAGUUCGAGAAGUGGAAUGGCUUCCACGACGAUGCAAUCAACUCGACUGAUUUGAAGCCGCGCGCUCACAAGCAUAAACCAAAGAGCGAGGAGCAGCUCUAUGCUGAAUGGGUCGAGAAAUUCGGCCAGGAAGCCGCCGAUCUCAUCAAGAAGACCGUCGACGCAAACGUCGCGGACUAUGAGUACUUGAAGCAAUUCGCCGUCAAGCAGAAGCGCCGCGAUUCCAUCGCGUGACUACUGGAGCCGUGGUGCGAGGUCAUGAACGAUUAAGACGAUUCGUCGUCAAACAUCUGUUCAUGCCUCGCAAUUUGAUUUUCGGCGGUAAACUGUGCGACCUUGGGCUCUUUUUGACAGCACAUAUUCUUGACGACCUUGACGGCCAUUCCAGUCUCGAUCAUGUGAGAGACUGGCUGGAUAUUGCGAAUGGCGCAAUGCGUGGCUUUGCUUUUUUUUGUUUAUUUUCGGUCUUCUGCACGCAAUGAAUCAGGCAUUGUAUUAGGAGGAAAAUAUGAGGAUCAGAAUGAAAACGACAACAGGCGGUGACUUGCGAGCACGCUAUGCAUUUCUAGUUUUUGCUCAUCGAGCACGCCAUGGAGGCUCAGUUUCAUUUUACGCGACGAGCCUCGUCCACAAGUGAGGCCACGGCAAUAUUGUGUCUUUGGGAAUCAACUCUGGCGAUGACUUGGCACC